AUGGAUGCUGAGCAGGCCAGACGCUGGAAGAACCAAAGCACAGUGAAGGAAUUCAUCUUGCUGGGAUACCAAGGACACCCUGUCCUCCUUUUUUCUGCCUUCCUGGUCAUCUACCUGGCCAUAUUACUGGGCAAUGGCCUUAUUGUGGUGGUGACGACGCUGGACCCUGCUCUCCAUACUCCCAUGUACUUCUUCUUGCGCAGUCUCUCGGGGUUAGAGAUCUGCUACACUUCAGUCACCCUUCCUAAAAUGAUGGCCAAUCUUAUCUUAGGGGACCUCUCUAUCUCGCUGAUAGCCUGCGCUGCACAAAUGUUCUUUAUGCUCUUCCUGGGUGUCACAGAAUGCCUCCUGCUAGUGGCCAUGGCCUACGACCGCUAUCUUGCCAUCUGCCUGCCUCUCCACUACAUGACCAUCAUGAGCCAUAAGGUGCGGAUGGGGAUGGUGGUCAGUUCCUUUGCCAUCAGCCUUGUGGUGCACUUGUUGCAAAUUGGGUUUGUCUUCUCCUUGCCUUUUUGUGGGCCCAAUGAGAUCGACCACUUCUUCUGCGACAUCCCACCCAUACUUCGCCUGGCAUGUGCCGACCUGUAUGCCAACGAGUUGGCUGUGUAUGCAGAGAACAUCCUCGUGGUGGUGCUCCCCUUUUUCCUCAUAGUGGCCUCCUAUGCCCGCAUAACCAGAACCAUCCUGCGCAUGCCAUCAGGCACUGGACGCCAGAAGGCCUUCUCCACUUGCUCGUCCCACCUGAUUGUGGUCAGUCUCUUCUAUGGCUCGGGGAUGCUUGUGUACUUGCACCCGCAGACAGGGGACUCUCUGAAAGUUGACAAGUUCCUCUCUCUUUUCUACACGGUCAUCAUUCCCCUUUGCAAUCCCCUCAUCUACACUCUCAGGAACAGGGAGGUGAAGGUUGCCCUCACUAAACUGUUGUGCAGGAAAAGAGCUUUUGGGGUGGGCACAGGGUAA